GGGCACGCGCGCGGGGUCCCGCGGACAAAGGAGAGGCGUGCGAGAGGAGACCGACGCGGAGAGGCGCGGCCGGGGGCGACUGAGACCGCGGCCGGCCGCCGACGCCGGUGAGCGACGCUCACAGCCAUGGGCAACGUCAAUGACUCACUGGCGCAAGAUGAGUCGAUGCCGCACCUGCCGAGGAACCCCACCAUGCCCACCAUUCAGGAGGAGGACGAGGACGCCAGCGACAAAUCGCACUCAGGAGGAAUCCAAAUGUCGCCGCGGCCCGAGGAAGAGGAGUCGUCGCGUCCUCAGUUCACCAUUGGGGACCGGCGACGAUCCACUCAGAGCGAGGAGCCCCAACUGAGGCCACCGCAGUACAGACGAGGAUCUGCGUCAGCCGGUGUCGACCCAGAGCCGCCGGAGCCGGACGACUGCGCCAUGGACGUGCCGCACGUGGUGCCGCCCGACGGCGGCUGGGGCUGGGUCAUCGUCGCCGCCAGCUUCAUGUGCAACGCCAUCGUCGACGGCAUCAUCUUCAGCUUCGGCAUCCUGCUGCUGCAGCUGGUGUCUGAGUUCGGGGAGGGCAAGUCCAAGACGGCCUGGAUUGGCUCCAUUCUCUCUGGGUUCUACCUGAUCGCAGGUCCUUUUGUGAGCGCGUUGGCGAACAAAUUUGGCUUCCGAGUCGUGACGAUCGCGGGCGCCAUCAUCUCCAGCACUGGCUUCUUCAUAUCAGCGUACGCGGAUUCCGUCAACUUCCUGGUGAUCACGUACGGCCUAAUUGGCGGCGUCGGCUUCGGCAUGAUCUACCUGCCGGCCGUGAUCGCUGCCGGCUUCUACUUCGACAAGCGCCGCGCGCUGGCCACAGGCAUCGCCGUCUGCGGCUCCGGCAUUGGCACGUUCGUGCUGGCGCCGCUCACCAGCUGGCUGGCGGACCGCUACGGCUGGCGCGGCACCAUGAUGGUGCAGUCAGGGAUCGUGAUCACGUGCGCCAUGUUUGGCGCCCUGUUCCGGCCGCUGGAACCCGUGCGCACGCCGCACACAGUGGAGGCCAGCUCCGUGCCUGGCACGCCACUCAUGAUCCGCAUCAAGCGCGCGCGGGACAAGCUGAUGGAGGACGUCACGCCGUUCGGCUCCAUGUACUCCAUCGAGGGGCACAUGUCGACCCACCACUCGGCCGCCAACUUCAAACCUCCGGUGCCGGCCGAGGCGCGAGCGAACGGUGCGCCGCUACCAGGCGUGCGCAGCGAGCACCGCCUGCAGCGACGCAGCAGCGAGCGCGACGCGCACCCGGCCGCCGGGCAGCACCGCAAGUCGCUGCCGGCCAUCAACUACGCCACCGACGGCAACAGGAACGAGCUGGCGCCGCCGCCGGCCGGCUCCGGCCUGCUCAAAGUGCCGGGCGCGUCACACCUGCGCCUGCCGGAGCCGCGCCGCAAGUUCUCCAUUCAGGACGCCGCGAGACCAAUGUACAGGGAGGACAUCUUCUACAGUGGAAGCGUCUACAAGCUCAAGACGAGCGUGGAGAGCUUGGAGAAGUACCACGCGUCGGUGACCCACCUGCCAUCGUGGGAGCCGGCCGACGAGACGGAGGCCGAGCGCCGUGCCGCCGCCUACUGCUUCUGCUGCUCGCGCGCCUGCACCGACGUGCUGGCCACCAUGCUGGACUUCUCGCUGCUCAAGAGCCCCACCUUCCUUAUACUGAGUCUGUCUGGCUUCAUGGCGCUGAUGGGGCUGUUCGUGCCCUUCAUGUACCUGGUCGACCGCGCCAUCCUGCUGGGCAUCGACCAGAGCUCGGCCACGUUCAUCAUCUCACUGAUCGGCAUCAUGAACACGGUGGGCCGCGUGGUGUGCGGCUGGAUCAGCGAUCACCCGCGUGUCGACGCUCUGGUCGUCAACAACGGCGCUAUCAUCCUGGCCGGCGUGGCCAGCGUGCUUUCCCCCUCCUUCCAGUCGUACGAGAUGCUGAUGGCGUACGGCAUUGUAUUCGGACUGGCGAUAGCCUGCUUCGCGUCCCUCCGCUCCAUCCUGGUGGUGGAGAUGCUGGGUCUGCACAGGCUGAACAACGCCUUCGGUCUGAUGCUGCUCUUCCAGGGCAUUGCUGCCACCGUCGGCGGCCCCAUAGCAGGGAGCCUGUUCGACACGACGCAGAGUUACGACGCCACCUUCUACAUCGCGGGUUCGCUCUUCCUGGCGGCCGGCAUCAUCAGCCUUCCGCUGAACCGCGUCAAGCACUGGGAGGAGCAGCGCACCGGCCAGGGCAUGCGCGACCCGUACAUGCCCAACGGGCACGUUUAGGACCGCCCCUCCCCACUCACGCACCGGCGCGCCGUCGACUGCGCGGAGAGGCCCCUCACGCGGCUGGCACGCGGUGGUGGCACGAGCCGCAGCGGGGACGGACUCAGCGGCCA